UCGUGCGACAGUAGUUGUGGUGUUGCACUCUAACCGCGCCGCGCCAUCAGUUAUGGAGGGCAGAGGCGGCAGAACCCGUGGCGGGCAGUGGAGGAGAGGCGGCGGAGGAGGCGCGCAGGACACCGUGGCCUCUGGAGAGCGGAGAGGCCGCGGAAGAGGUGGUCAUCACCGUGGAAGAGGGAGAAGGGACCAUUACCGUGGAAGAGGGCGAGGCGGCGGAGGUGGCGGCGCUGGCGGCGGUGCAGACUUCUUUAGCAGGGGUCAAGAUGAGCAGGAUAAUAAAGAAAACCUUGAAGAAGAGAUGCCAGACAUUUACUCCAGGAGAAAGCUGGAGUCUAACUGGGACCGUUAUGAGGAAUCGGAGAAGGAAGAAGUAAAUGAUGGUAUUCCAGUUCAGAGAGGAACGGACUACCAUGUUCUCCUCAGUUCAGCUGGAGACUCCUUCACUCAGUUUCGGUUCUCUGAAGAAAAGGACUGGGAAAUGGAUUCACUGGCAGUUAAUCAGGUGCCUGUUCUCUCUGUGGACCUGGAAUCAUUAGCCCAGUCUCUUCAGGAACUCCCGCUGCACAAGAGACUCAACAUAGAAGCUGAUCUUGUUCAGGUGACAACCCCAGUAGAACUUCCCUCAGUAGGUGUGCUGCACAAAGUCGAUGCUAAUGUUAUAGGUGGAUUUAAGGCUUCUGCACCACCAUACAUGAGUCGAGAACCAGCUUUGGGAGGUUCCUGUCCUGUUAAGCCUGCUAUAAGAACCAGCACGUCCCCUCAGGCCUCUGCUGCUGUCACAAUUCCUGAAGAUGAUGCUGAUGGGGAGCUGGAUCUUCUCCUAGGUAUACAUAAACCUCUCACAGAGCUUCCUAUAGCAGAGCCCAGGACCUCAAAUCCAGCAGAAGAUCCAGCUAGUCCAGAAAAAGGUUUGAUUGUUUCAUCACCAUCAGUUGAAGAAAAGAAAGAAGAGGUGGUUGAAGUCAACCAGUUGAAGGCAGAAGAAGAAGCAGAGAGGAAGAAAGCAGAAGAGGUAAAGCCUGAAAGUGCCUCAGUAAAACAGGAGAUGACUGAAGAGGAUCUUGAGGACUGGCUAGACAGCAUGAUCUCCUGAAGUACUGCUGUGAAAGGUGAUUAGUGGUCUAGACAACGAGACUACACUAAAGGCUUACGAGGUCCUGUUGAUACAACAGCUCAUCUCUGAGCUGGUAUCAGCAUUAAAAUCUCUGGAUAAGCAACAUUAAUGGCCUCUUCUUAACGGUCAGCUGCUGUAUUACAUUACAUAAACAGAAGACGGCGAUCCGUAGAAACUCUUCCAGGUAUAUUCCAAAACCAGUCCAACAUGGUUUAUGACCCUUGAAUCAGUGCAGUAAAUGACAUGGGAUUUAUUGCAUUGCUCACUUUAUUAGUUUUUCCCCAUCCCGAAAAUUAAAUACAUUUCACAAGUGGCCAUACAAUAGUUGUUUACAAUUUUGUCUUGUUUCAGUUCAAUAAAUUUGUUGCUGUGAUGUCCUUAGUAUCAGAUUCUCCUAUAGACUUCCUAAUGCUGUGGGAGAUGUUCAGCCAAGCAUGUUUCUGUGAUUAAAAAGAAACCAAACAUAA